UAGCGUAUCACAGCUGAUCGAUCCAUAAAAGUUACUCGUACGCAUAUUUUUUAUUAUAUGAACUUCAACUGUGCCGUAUUAAAACUAUAAAUUAAAAUGUUUAAAAGUAUUCGGCAAAUAAGUUCAAAACAAUUGCUACACACAUAUAAAAUAUGUUUUUAUGAGAAAGGGUGUCAAAGUAAAUCUGUGAAUUAUAGCACACAACCUGCACAUCAAAAUAUAUUUGAUAGAAAUGCAAAGCGUCUGCAAAAGGAGCGUGCUGCCCUAAACCCGGAUGUAGAGCUUUAUGACUACCUUAAAGAAGAGGUUGGUUUUCGCUUAGCGGAUCGGAUCAUAGAUAUAAAACGUGAAUUUACAAAUGCCGCAGACAUUGGUUGCAGUCGUGGCUUUCUUUCCAAACACAUAAUGGCGGAAAGCGUACAACAUUUAACGCUUUGCGAUACGAGCCCUACAAUGCUGGCGCAAGCGCAAGGCACACCUGGUCUGAAAUUAACUAAAUUAGAGUUGGACGAGGAGAAAUUGGAUUUUCCUGAUAACUCAUUAGAUUUAGUUAUAUCCAGUUUGAGUUUGCAUUGGGUUAAUGAUCUACCAGGUUGCUUUUCGAAAGUAAUACAUAGCUUAAAACCUGAUGGUGUUUUUAUAGCAUCUUUGUUCGGUGGUGAUACUCUAUAUGAGCUACGUUCAUCGCUACAAUUGGCUGAAAUCGAGCGUAAAGGCGGUCUUUCGCCGCAUAUAUCGCCUUUUACACAGAUUAGAGAUGUAGGUGCUUUGUUAAAUCGUGCUGGUUUCACCAUGCUAACCAUUGAUACCGAUGAAAUUGUAGUGGGUUACCCCAGCAUGUUUGAACUUAUGUGGGAUCUGAAAGGUAUGGCGGAGAAUAAUGCAGCUUUCAAUAGACCAGCGCAUAUAAGUCGCGAAACAAUGUUGGCGGCAAGUGCUAUUUAUAAGGAGUUGUACGCUAAGGACGAUGGCGUGACGGCGACAUUUCAAAUAAUAUACUUUGUCGGCUGGAAACCGGGUCCGAAUCAACCCAAACCUUUGGAACGUGGCAGUGGUGAUGUUUCGCUAAAAGAUUUAGGCAAGAUUAUCGAAUCUGGCGGACCAAAAUCAUAAAAGAGUUAUGGUGCUAAUAUAAUAGAAUUAUGCUUAAAAUCGAGGCCAAUGCAUGUGUAACUUUUUGUGAAGAAAACUCACCUUUGUAUUAUAGCAAAUGCUGUCUUUAUUGAUUUUAGAAAUAAUAGUCUUUAACGUAAAUAAGCACUAUAGUACGUAUGGCAGUAUACGUACGUAUGUAUACAAAGUGUGGUAAUUUUCUUUUAUAAAGUGUUUCCUUUCUUCGAAGUUUGCAUAUUAAUUUUUGAAAAAAUAAAAAUUAGCGAGUAUCACUUUGGUUAAAUAGUUUUUUUUUUUUUGUUUUCUUUUAGACGACAAAUUAAAAAUAAAUAUUUAUUUAUAUACAUGCUUCUUUGUAUAUGUACAUACAUAUGUACAUAUCUGAACUGUUGUUGCAUGUUGUAAGCAUAUUUAGCACACUUAGUUACUAAAGCAUUAAUAGUUAUAUAAUUAUAUACUAAAAAAGUAAAAUUUCAAACAAAAAAUAAUGCUUCAUAGGGGCAAUGCCAUGAAGAAUUCCAGUGCAUCAUAGAAAUAUACAAUACAUACAUAUGUAUAACACAAAUUAUUAUACAAUUUAUAAAAUUCAAAUAAGUUUUGCGUAUUAUAAUUAUGUAUAUUACUAAUAUUUGCUUUUUACACAUUGACUUUUAUUCUCAUUCGUUUUGUAAUUUUUAUUUCUCUUAUAAAUGGACGUAAUUCAUUAACGUAUUGUUUUGUUUUUGUUAAUCAUUAGUGCCACUUGCAGUGCGUUUUUUACUCUUCACUUUCAUCAAUAUUCAAUAAUAAUAAUUUACAAAUAACAUUUUUUCUUUAACUGUGAACUGUAAAUUGGUUUAAACUCGGCUGUAUUGUAAAUUUUGGCUUAACAUUUGUGAAUAUUUAAAUUUCCACUUUUAUACUUCAUUGCAUUGAAUUUUAUUUGCUGCUUAUAAAUGCAAUGCAAGUCUGUUUGUUUGUUUGUAUGUAUGUAAGUAACUAACUAUGUAUGCGUUUAUGUCAUUGAACUCGUAAACGUUUUGAGUUAUACAAUCUAUUUAGUGGUUUGCCUAUAUUGCCUUGCAUUUAAAUUUAUUGAAGAACAGUAAAACUUUUAUUUCUUAUAAAUUUGUAACUUUUAUGUAUGUAUGUAAGAGCUUUUAAUUAUCUUUAAUACAUAUUUGCUGUAGAAAAAUAAAUAAAAAAAUUGUAAAA